AUGUUGCUGGGCUGUUUUCUGCUCACCGGGUUAUUCGACAUCCGGGUUCAACAUUUACUUCCUAUCUGGAGCCUACUCCACCACUCUCACACAAGCUACCCGCAACCCCACCAACUACUCCAGCACCCCACCAUCUUCUCUCUCCAGCACUCUGCCAGCUACUUCCACCACCCCAGCAUCUACUCCACCACCCACCCAGCUACUCCACCACUGCAUCAGCUACUCCACCACCCCACCAGCUAUUCAACCAUCCUACCAGCUACUCCCACCCCACCAGCUACUCCACCACCCCACCAGCUACCCACCACUCUCCACCAACCCUACCAGCUGCUCCACUACCACCCCACCAGCUACUCCACCACUACACCAGCUACUCCUGCAACCCCACCAACUACCCAGCACCCCCACCAUCUACCCACCACUCUGCCAGCUACUCCAUCACCCCACCAUCUACUCCCACCACCCACCCAGCUACUCCACUCACCGCAUCAGCUACUCCACCACCCCACCAUCUACUCCACCAUCUUACCAGCUACUCCACCCCACCAGCUACUCCACCACCCCACCAGCUACUCCACCAAUCCCUACCAGUUACUCCACUACCCCACAAGCCACUCCACCCACCCCAGCAUCUACUCCACUGACCCACCAGCUACUCCACCCCACCAGCCACCCUGUACCCCACCAUCUACUCCACCACCCCACCAGUUACUCCACCACCCCAGCAUCUACUUCACCACCCCACCAUCUACUCAACCAUCCCAGCAUCUACUUCACCACCCUACCAGCUACUCCACCACCCCACCACCAGCAGCCCCACCACCCUACCAGCUACUCCACCAUCCCAGCAGCUACUCCCUCCACCUCACCUGCUACCCAAUCGCUCUGCCUAAAUCUAGAACACUUCUAAAUAUAGCGUACAAGUAUCCCCUGACUGAAUGUACAGGAACAGUGUGUUACAGUUAA